AUGUCUUCCAGCGGUAAGGGAAGUUCAUCUUCCUCUCGGAACUGGAACGACCUGCUCAAGCACGGUUCGGCACUCAGCAUCCUCAAGCCCGAUGUCGCCUUCCCUCCGUACGGCGGAAGCUCCAGCUCGGGCGGUUCCUCUGGUUCCUCGUCUGGCGGCACGUCGGGCGGUACCUCAUACCCCUCGGGUGGCCAAAGUUCCGGUGGCACCACGCGUUAA